UGCUUGGACCACACCAUUAACGUCUUCCUCUCUGGGAGGUAUCCACUCCAACUGCACUGCUGUUGGACUUGCCACAAAUACGAACAAAUCCCUUGGAGCUGCUGUUGGAGCUCUGUGCUGAUAUACUGCUGCUUGAUACUCCAACCACAAUUGUCUCUGCUGCUACUGUACACUCAUACAUGGGGGUGGACCCCAUGAUAAGAAAAUAGAGGUUGCAUUGAUGACAUCAAUCUC